AUUUUUCUGUUUCUUAAAUUUGUUCCUGUAAACUAGUGAGGCUAGAAAUCCCUUGAAGCUUCUAGAAAACUGCAUACUGAAUCAACAUCUUACUGAUAUGGGGAGAAAUAAAAUCGCCAUAAAAAAAAUACCAAACGAGCGAAAUCGACAAGCAACCUUUACCAAAAGAAAAUCCGGUUUGAUAAAAAAGGCCAUGGAACUAUCAAUUUUAUGCAGUUGUGACGUUGCAUUAAUAAUAUUCAAUUCAAAUGACAAGCUGUAUCAAUACUCAAGUAUGGAUAUGGAGGCUAUAUUACUCAAGUACAGAACUUUCAAAGAUAACAAGCAGCAGUUGGGUAACAAUGACUAUGUACGCCUCUUCGGUCGAGAAUCCUCUAGAGGAAAGGAUCACAUGAAUUAUUACCAAGAUAAAUGUUAUGAUUCUGAACUAGAUGACGUGGAAGAGUCCGUGUCUUUUGAGAGAAAACAAUCAGCCGCCGAUUUCAACAACUAUUAUCCUAAACGACAAUCUAACAUAAAUCAGCCUGAAGAUAAAAAUGAUGCUCUCCUAAGGGAGGCACCAUUACGGGCAUCGAGGGUUACCCGAAGUUCUGCUAAUAACGGCGCUCAGAAAGCUGAAACUCCUAACCAAAAUGGAAAUGCAGGAACCAAUAAUGCCAACAGCAAUGACGUAAAUUUUUUAUACGCGUCUCAGUAUGCAAACCUACCCCUACAUUUUGACUGUCAAGAUGAAGGGGGAGAAAAUAGCGCUCAACAGCCUGGAGUCGUUAAUGCAACUCUAAAGCUAGAGCGCUCACCUAUCCCAUCAUCUGGAAUUCGAGAUUACAAUGGAAAUCAGUAUAUCCAAUUCGCAUCCAGAAACUCAAGAAAUAACUCGAUAUACAACCAAUUUCAUCCAGCACCGAACUACAUGGGAUUCGCUUAUUCUCCAGCCAGUCUUUUAUGUAACCCUUCCAGAUGUUCAGUACCUGGGUUUCAAAUUAUUCCACAAACAACUCAAGUUCCUGUGUCAUCUCAAAAUCUUCCCUUAAAUUCCAGCGAAGAAAAAAAAAAAACCAGGCGUACCCUCCAAAAGUCUGGAAGUAACCUGAAAAUCGCUAUUCCAGACAAAUCCAGAGCUCCUGGAAUGGUAUCUGCCUUGAGUCCUAAUUCCUACACCAUGCCCCUAAUUCAAACUCCUACAAGACCAGUACAAAAUGCAGCCCUGUUUGCCACCUCCAUCUCACCAUCUUCCGCCACUACUUCGUCUCGCUUUGAAGUGUUUCAUAUGGAUAACUAUUAUGGAUUUCCAGGAAUCGUCACAGGAAAUAUUUUGUCGGACAACAUCUCGAACCUAACGAAAGCUAUACCAGUUCAAAAUCCUAUCGUGUCUGCCACCCCCUACAACAACUCUAAUGAAAAUAUGCAUGUAACAUAACAUGUGUCUCUUACUAGGCCGAUCAAAUGAAAAAUCUAACACGAAAAUUUGUAAAUUGCUAUCUUUUCGUAUAACCUCAUAAGCUUAGUAUCAUCUUUGAAAUGAAAUAUAGAACGGAAUCACUCUAUUCUCAAGACUCAAAAUAAGAUUAAAUAAAGUUAUUCAAUACAAAACGUAAGACAGACUAACC